CCAGGGGAGUCGGCACUUGAGCGCAUUCCUUGACGUGGAGGCUGGUAUACCUCUCUCUCUCUGACCGUUUGAUGAGCUCUUUGCUUUAGUUAAAAAUCACCCAUAGAGAGGAAAGAAAAAACUUUUAAACCUUUAGAUUUGUUUUUGGAUCUUGAUCCGGAAAACUACCCUGUUUGGAGUUAAAUUAAUCACUUUGGAUACGGACACAUGCGCAACGGCGCUCAUACAACUUCACCUCGGCAAAGUUACGGGUGGAAAAAAAAUUAAUUAACUGAAGAAAAAAAGGAGGGGAGCAGAGAUAGAGGAGGAAGCAUCGUGACUGGGUUAAGCAUUGGGCGAGACAGGUUUUGCACCAUGAAGAUCUUUCUCAGUCCACUGAUGUCCUUUCUUCUCCUCCUCAUGCUUCUUCAUGGCAUCUUUACCAGCGACUGUCCAGAAGACUGCUUGUGCCACAGUCCAAUGAGCAUUUUAUGUUCCCAAAGACGCUCAUCUACCAUUCCUCGUGAAGUACACUUUUCAACCAAAAGCCUCUAUCUGUUUGCAAAUGGGAUUGAAGACAUUAAAGCCAAGGAUUUUGAUGGACUGGUUAACUUAGAAAUGUUGGACCUCAGUCAAAACAAACUGACCAGUCUUCCUGAAAGGGUGUUUGAGCCACUGAUCUCUUUAAAGAAUCUGGAUUUGUCAUCUAACCAGAUCACCUACAUCUCAGAGGAAUGUUUCCAAGGAAUGCCACAGCUGGAGCGCCUUUAUUUGUAUGGUAAUCACAUCGAAAAAAUCCACCCCUCUGCUUUCAAUGGCUUGAAACAUCUCCUGGAACUGAAAUUGCAGGGUAAUAUGUUGACAACCUUGCCCCUUCUCUCAUUACCCAGGCUGCUGCUGCUGGACCUCCGCUUUAAUGUCUUACCCUCUUUAAAUCCCUCUGAGCUUCAGACCCCGAACCUGGAGUCACUCAGGCUGGGUGGUGUUGGGCUCACCAGUCUAAAUAAGGAGCUUAUAGUUCGUCUAAAGAAUCUUCAUGAAUUAGACAUUUCAGGAAACAAGCUUGAUUCUUUCCCCUCUGCCCUAAAGGAAACACCAGGACUGCUUCACCUAAACCUAGCUGGCAACCCAAUGGGCCCUCUGAAGAUUGAGGAUCUGCAAAACCUCAGUGAACUAAUGGAGCUGGACAUAAGCAGUCUCAGUAUACAAGGACUUCCUGAGGAGUUUUCUAAGCUCUUCCCCCACUUAACAAAACUUACAAUAGCAGAAAAUCCCUUCAACUGCCUUUGUAACUUAGCAUGGUUCCCAAGGUGGCUUAAGGCUCAGAGCAUCACCCUGGAAAGAACAGAAGAGACACGUUGCCAUUUUCCACCCAUCAAUGCCGGAAAGGUCUUAGAAAAUCUGGAAAACAGAGAUUUUGGCUGUCCAACGACAACCGCAAUGACCACUACUACUGUCAAGACUACUACUACCACCCUGCCUGUUCCUGUUACCACCUUACCAACUACUACUAGAUCUAUUCAAGUCCCCAGGGCCAGUGAUAAUCCUCCUAAUAAAGGUGGCAACAUUCCUCUGCCUCCUGUUCUGCCAUCUCCAAGCAGCAGCAGCAGUACUGAUCUAGAUGAAGAGGAGCAAUUCUGUCCCCAGUAUGCCUGUUUAAAUGGGGGUACUUGUCAUUGGAAUCAGCAUGGUCAGGGAGUGUGUAUAUGUCCAGAUGGCACAUCUGGGCUUUUUUGUGAAAUCCUCAAUCCCUUUCCACCUUUGUCCCGUGAAGCUGAUCCAUCAAAGGAAACCCUUACUGCAAACACGGCAGACAUCAGUUCACUUAAAGCAACGGCAACAUCAAUUCUGCUAGAUCUCCACCGCUAUGUUGAAUUGCGGCCUCACAUCCGUGGAAUCCGCUUGACCUACAGAAACCUCUCUGGGCCGGACCGCAGGCCAAUGCAGCUUAACCUUCCAGUGACCUUCCCAGAGUACAGACUCCGAGGUUUGAAUCCCAAUUCCACUUACAGUGUAUGCGUCAGUCCUUUAGGUGCAGCCAUGGAUACAGACAGUGUCUGCACUGAAGCUCAUACAAAACCUUCUGGCCCUGUGGCAAGAGUCGACAACCCAAAGUUUACCACAAUGCUAAUGCCUUCAAUUGCCAUUUUGGCGCUGCUGGUUCUCAUAGCAGUAGCAGUGGGAGUGGUUUGCUUUCUUCGAAGAAAGAGAGCCAAGACCCACCUGGAUCUUGACUGUGAGCCUUCCCAGCUGGAGCCGGAUGGAGUUAAGGCAGGUUUGGAUAACGGGGCGUUGUUUCACAAACAGCCACAACUUAUGAUCCCCGAACCUGUUGUCCAAACGGGUAGUCUGGAGUAUGAGGUGUUAUUACUACAAGAUCAUCAUUCGUCAAAUAACAAUAUGUCCAUGCACAAGCCUUCUUACUUCUGACAGAAGCUCUUGAUCAAUCAGAUCUGUGAGAGGAUUUUUAUUUCCUCAGCUGUGUCCUGCCAAGAACAUGAACAGUAGUGACUACUGCUUGAUAGUCGAGGACACAGAAUUAGGCAACUAAUCACCAAAAGAGAAGCUGGACUCACUAUCAACUUUACUUCUCUAUGGUUGUCAAAGAAGACUAAAACAUUGAGACACUAUAUUCUAAAUGCUGCAAUGUAUGACAUCCAACAUGCUGUGAUGCUGGGACUGUUGUUUUUGGCAAAGAUUUAGGUUAGGGACACUUUAUAAGCUCAUGCACUCCCUUAGGUGCACUGCCUGUGCACUAAUAUGAGCUGGUGCUCCCUUACCUUAUCACCAAAGGCCAAGUGAACGGUCUCAGUGGUUGGUUUUGAGGCACGGUGAAAAACUCAUCAGUGACCUACUUACUGGAAGGGAUCAGUGUAUGCUGUGAAUGACCUUUUAACUCACCAAAUGAAGUUUUACUGAGAAAAUAGCUGAUACAUGUAUUGCUUUAUUUGGUUCAAUUGUUUUGUAUUUGUUUUUU